AUGGAUGCUCAUCUGUAUUGCAUAAGUGUGGCAAAGGUAUCGAAGGGGUUAGUUCUCGAGCGAGAAGGAGGAAAUAUAAAAUUUUACAAUGUCGAAUAUCAUUACAAAAUGAUGAAAAAAAUGAAUAGCAUUGGAGACAUAAAGGUUAAUGAAAUUUUCUGUGUGAUAUUCUCCAACGACCUUGAAUACAUCCAGAGCAAAAAUAUAGCCGAAAUACUUGAGGGACUCUUAGGUUACGUUUAUUUCGAAAAGCCGCAAAACGUAGUGGAGUCAUUGAUUGGACAGCUGAAAAAAUUAGAGAGGAAACAUAACGAGAAAAAAGUGUUCGAUGCGGAAGACAUAAAGGCAGUGUACAACUUUUUAAAUUUACAAAAUGAGAAAUGUAUAUCUAGAGAAAAGUGCAUUCUAGGCCUGAGUCAAUUCGUGCUGAACAAUAAACAGAGGGAGUUUAUGGAAAGUGCAAAAAUCGGCAGCGACGUCGACCUAGAAGUUUUCACUUCCUACGCGUUAGAAAAUAAAAAGUGA